UUAAUGUUGGGAUAUUAUGUUAUUAGUAUAGAUACUUUAGAUGAAUGAAACGCCAGCAAGCAUUAGUAUAGAGACUCUACUUUACUUUGUAAAACGUUUAUGUAUUUUCAAAUCUUGUAAUUUAUUUUUUUACAUCAAUAAAUCAGUAAUUCUGAUCGUGAUAUUUUGUCACAGUUUUUUAUCUAUGCUAACAAACUUUUGAAUUAUUCCAUCUCAUAUAAAAAAUUAUCAUCGAACAUGCAAUCCACUGAUUCAUUGAGAGAAUUAAAUGCCAAGCUCUUAACUGAGAUUGCCAAACUUAGGA